GCACUGCUGAAGAAAAGCAAUGGUUGAUGGGAGUUUUGGAGCGUCAGAGAAACACAAAUGCAGGUCGUUCAAGUCACUUUUAGCUCUGACACUAGAUACUAUAUUUCUUCCUCCUGCUGUCUAGGAAACAUUUCCUUCAGGGCAGGGAAGAAGGGACAUGGGGGAUCGAACUUUUUUUGUGUCUUGAAGAGCGCAAGUCAGCAAGUAAAAGUAUCAGCUGUAAAAUAUUGAUGGGGCAACAGGUGUGAUCCUAAACGCCCCGGCAGGUCUUUGCCCUUCUGAUCGAUGUAUCUCACAGCGAGGGGCUGCCAGCACCCCCACCACAGGUCAAACCACGGACCUCAGCACUGAUUCACCAAGCCCCACUCCUCCUGGAGGAGGUGGAGGGGGUGGUGAGCGGGCAGAGGGAGGUCAGGGGGGCCAGCCGGUGGUCCGAGAGCUGUGGUUCAUCGUGGUGAUGACAGGCAUCGCCCUGCUGCUGCUGGCCGUCGCCUUAGGUGUCAUACUUCAUAAGGUCCUGAACAAACCCCCCUUCACCAGAGAGAGACCCCCACUGGUGGCCCUGCCCAUGCAGAAGAGGAGCCCCAUGGCUGUUUAUCCACCCAGCAACUCUGUUUUGUUUGACACUGUACCUGACACAACAGGCUUCUCCAACAGUGUAACCCUCAAGGGCUUCACCAUGAAGAUGGAGGAAGUUCUGGAGGCUAAAUGUGAGCUCGUUGACGAGGUCCCGCCGCAGGGUGAGCUAGGGAUCCUCAGUGUGAACUCCCUGAGGCGCAGCGUCAGCCAGGUGAUGGACGGGAAGUCCCUCACAGGGGACGACGAAGCGUGGGACCCACACGUUUCAGGCCAUGACAGUGGGAUGUUUAUGGACGACGAGGAAUUUGUUGACACCAUCAAAGGCUUCAGCACUGUGAGGAAGGAGCACACCAUGUUCACUGACACCAACCUGUGACCCGAGGAUGACCUUUGAACCCUACAGGACACGGGGCCUUGGAUGUUUUAACAUUUUGACGCCUUGUUUCGUCUGAAGCCCUGGCCAGUUAAAGUGUCGCUGUGGUUGUAAACAGGUCAGACACAGCAGAGGUGAAGUUUCUUCUCUCUUAGGAUGAAAAAUGAAGGGAGAGGAGCCGAACAUGACAAGAGCACUGGAGUAAGACAUUAAAACACAACUGGUCAAGCUACAUUUGAAGUGUGAAGGAGGAAGUCUGAGGAUAUACUCAAAAUUUAAAACAGCUGAAUACAGACUGAAUACAGAUUGUGACACAAGAAACCAAAGACGUGAACACAGAACAUAGUCAUCUUUUUGAGUUUGUUCCCCAUAUUUUCCCCCUAGAGAGACUACUUUUAUGUGAUAAUUUUGAAAAAAGGCUUACUUUUUUAUUUUAUUAUUAUUAUAUUAUUAUUCUUUCAUUUUCAAUCAACUCUCCAUGACUGGAAACUUUUGGUGGAUGCAAGUGCCAUUAAGUUAAUCAGUAGUAACUGAGAGGACCAUGCACAAAACAAACUCUUUCCUCUUAUCAUUUUGUUGUUUUCCUACAAUACUCUGUGUAGUCUGAAAGAUGAUAUUAGCAAAUUACAGUGACCACAUGUAGGUCAGAUGGUGGUAUCCAACUGGGUAAGAUGGAAGAUGUUUUGUUGGCAAGGACUGUUCGACUGAGUAUAUGUACGGUUUGAUAUGAUAUAGAAAAUGGGGACAGGAACUGGUUGGUUGCUACUUUAAAUACAGCAAAUGAUUGACACAACUAGCUUCAGGCCUUAUUGUCCUCAAUGCGUAAGUUUGUCCUCAAUAUUAUAUACGGUCUUGUGAAUUAUUCAAACAUUCAUGGGUUUUGUAGUUAAAUUAUCAAGACACACCAUGUAUAGUCAGUUAUGAACAAGGAGUUAAAUAUACCAGAGCAAUUAUAAAAUGUCCCUUUUCAGGUUCUCUUAAGGUAUGUGAGACUUUGUUGAAGGAGAUGAAAAAACAGAAUUAACUCUUUAACUUCUAGUUUUCUUUUAUAAGUAAUUUUUAAUGAAAAUAACUGCACCUGUGUCAAUGUCAUGCAUGUAUGUCCAAAUAUGGUGGAAGACAGGAUUAAGUAUUCCUUUAUAGACAAAAAAUCUCACGCUUAAAAUAAAUAAACCAGUGUUAUUUGAAAUUG